AAAAUAGGCCUAAACUGUACUGUCACUGUCAGUCACAUUUUGACAGUUACAAAUAGGAUAAGCUGCCAGCUUGGUAGAAUUUUGUUCUGGCGCCGUGAUACUUUAUUAAUUUCUAAUACACUAAUGUUACGAUUAAAGUUGUAGUACAUAUCUUAUUGUUAAGAAUCACGAUGAUUCAUAGUUUAUUCAUUAUUAACCCCUCUGGGGAUGUUUUCCUUGAAAAGCAUUGGCGUAGCGUAAUUCCAAGAUCUGUGUGCGACUACUAUUUGGAAGCUCAACGAGCUUUGCCUAAUGAUGUGCCUCCGGUUCUGGCGGCGCCCCAUCACUACCUGAUCUCCAUUCAGAGAGGAGGUGUGGCCCUUGUAGCAGUUUGCCAGCAGGAGGUUGCACCACUCUUUGUCAUCGAGUUCCUACACAGGGUUGUAGACACAUUCCAGGACUACUUUUCUGAUUGCACAGAGACUAUAAUCAAAGAAAAUUAUGUUGUUGUGUAUGAGCUGCUUGAUGAAAUGUUGGAUAACGGGUUUCCUCUGGCAACUGAAAGCAACAUUCUAAAAGAACUGAUCAAGCCACCAAAUAUUUUAAGGACUAUAGCCAAUACUGUUACAGGAAAAUCCAACGUCUCUUCGAUCCUGCCAUCCGGUCAGUUGUCCAACGUGCCGUGGCGGCGAUCGGGCGUGAAGUACGCCAACAACGAGGCUUACUUCGACGUCGUGGAGGAGGUGGACGCCAUCAUCGACAAGAGUGGCGCUACUGUCUCUGCAGAGAUACAGGGCUAUAUUGACUGCUGCAUCAAAUUAAGUGGCAUGCCGGACUUGACGCUGACUUUCGUUAACCCGCGCCUGUUCGACGAUGUCUCGUUUCAUCCUUGUGUGAGAUUUAAACGAUGGGAGUCUGAACGAAUUUUAUCGUUCAUUCCCCCGGACGGCAACUUCCGUCUGAUGUCGUACCACAUUGGGUCCCAGAGUGUGGUGGCCAUACCCAUAUACGUGCGACACAACUUGAUGCUGCGCUCGAACGGGGACCAGGGGCGGCUGGAUCUGACCGUCGGACCAAAACAGACGAUGGGCAGAACUUUAGAGAAUGUGGCACUAGAAAUCUGCAUGCCGAAGUGUGUUCUGAACUGCUCGCUGACCGCGAACCAGGGCAAGUACUCGUACGAUCCGGUGAGCAAGGUGCUGUUAUGGGACAUCGGGCGCAUAGAGCUACCCAAGUUGCCAAAUAUUAGAGGAACUGUAUCAGUAGCGUCAGGCGCGGACACGACAGGCGCGACGCCCAGCGUGAACGUGCACUUCACGAUCCCCCAGCUGGCCGUGUCCGGGCUGCGCGUCUCGCGGCUCGACAUGUACGGCGCCAAGUACAAGCCGUUCAAGGGCGUCAAGUACGUCACCAAGGCGGGCAAGUUCCACGUGCGCAUGUGAUGCGAACCCAACCCGGACCUGGCGUGGCUCUUCCUCAGGCUGCUGUGACCCGACUAAACGCCUUAUACGAAUAUGAUCCUGCAAGUAUCCUUUAUGUACAAGUCGAGCAACUUUUGACGCCGUUCAUUAGCGUCAAGUACUCGUAUCUCACUUGGGCUGGCAAUGUGAUGCGAACCCGACCCGGACCUGUCUAGGCUCCUAAAUGUGAAUUCUAAGCGUGAUAUAUAUUAAGCUGCAAGAUUCCUAAAUACAUGUCAGUAUAUACCGUUAUAGGGGGAGCAUACUUUCUAAGACGUUCCUCGUCAGCAGUUGAUGUGAGGCGAUUUCAGUUCAUUUUCUUUAAUAUUUACUGACACAUCACUACUACUGGACCAGAAGGUUUAGCCAAGAUGUCAAUCGUUAUGGAAAACGCCAAUCAAAACUUAUGGAAAGAGUCACAUUCGUCGGGGAUAGGGAGCGUGCAUGAACUAUAGGAGGCAGCACAGGAGCCGUCAGAUUUUUGGCGCGAGGCGUAAAUGUGGUGUUUAUUGUUCCGAUGUAGCCCACAAGAUGGCAGAACCUACUAUGCACAAGAAAACACGUGACGUGUAAAUAUACAUGUUUAUGGUUCCGAUUCAGGCCACAAGAUGGCAGUCCCUCCAACGCGCACGGUCCUUAUAGUGCAAUACCGCGCAACUAACAAAGUCGAAAGAGUUCGAAAUUCAAACAAUGCAAGGCAAUUGGACCUUACUGCAUUUAUUAGUUACGUGGUAUUGUAAUAUCCCCGACGACAUGACUAAUGUGACAUAAUGUGACCAAUUACAUGAUGAGUGACAUGAUGACUCAUCAGUCACAACAUGCCACUCAUCAUGUCAUUGGUCACAUUAUGUCACAUUAGUCAUGUCGUCGGGGAUAUUACAAUACCGCGUAACUAACAAAUGCAGUAAGGUCCAAUUGCCUUGAUGACAUAGGUGAUGUGACUUCGUAGCAUCUGCCAUCCCGGUACAUUUUUACUUUUCGUUUGGAGUUUGUCGAUGCACGAUUGUCAUCUUGUUGGACCCCAAGGGGCGCUACCUUUUAAGCGUGGCAAUUUUUGAGCUGUAAUGUCCUCACACUAUAAAUGGUAAAUCAAUAAGAAUACUAGCCAAUUUUUUUUUCUUAGCGAAGAUAAUUAAUAUGAAUAUUACAUAAGCCUUGGAAUUAGACUGUAAAAUUGUUUACUGCCUUAUAUAAUAAGCACCUCAUAAUAUGUAUUCAUUCGCACACUAUAAUAUUCAUAAGUUUCGCUUAUAGGUAGCCUCAGAAAUAUAUGUACAUAAUCUGCACAUUUUUGUUAAAGAUAUUAUUAUAUUUAAAAAAAAAAGACAGGCUUAUAUUGAUAUUGCAUCAUCAAUUAGGUUACAAAUGUUCCGAUAUUAGUUUUGAGUUCAUGCCUUUCAUUAUUUGCGCACUAACACUGAGUAUAAGAAUGUAACUGCAGAGAAUUCGAAAUAGAGGUGUACUGUCGCAGUAGGUAGUCGGGAGAUUACCCUUCAGUAAAUUUGGUACAAGUGUGAGAUGAAAGCGCUUAGAACAUUCUUCUCGGUCGCGCGCUGUAAAUAUUUAGUUAACUUAAGUUUUUGGGCAUGGUGGUCUUAGAAACGCAUAUUUUUGGAUUUUUUCAAUGCGUUUCAUAUUGUCUUCUAUGACGAAAGAACCUUCCUAGGUGACAUUGUUAACAUCACUGACAUUUUCCGAUCUUUAUGUUCUAUCACGGUAACAAGGUAACCGAAGCAAAGUGAGAUAUAUUAGAUUGGGGAGACUCCACGGAACUAAAUCCUUGAAUCGCAUACUAGAAAGCAGUCUGGGUUGUUUAAAGGGCAGAAUAAUGUCAAAUAUCCCCUUUAUUCGAAUGAGGAACACAUCUUACGUAUGCUGGAAGGUUUGGGUGUGCGAGAGGACAUACUGAGGACCCCCAGUUGCUUAAUCUAUAUAUAGACGCCAUUAUCCUACUCUGCAGCUGCAUCUGACAAAGAACGUCGAAAAUAUUUAUUUAUACAAUAUUAGUUAUGCGGACGACAUGGUGUAACUGGCUUUAUUCGAGGGCGCGCUAAGACAGCAUAAUACAAAUUAAUGAUUCUCAGUACGAAUGCUGCAACGGACGGGUUCGAAUGAAGGCGUACGGCAGAGCGGUCGUCCGCCCCAAGUUCUUCAAUUUGUAUGUCAACGCGUUCAUUGAGAGAUUCGCUCUGGUUUUUAAGAGAGUUCUGAAACGUGACCGUAUGGGGCAGAGUAAAAUGUGUAGCGGGGUGAACUAACGGACCCCUAUGAUAUGUAGGAAUUCGCGACUUUACCCCCUUCCUCUCUCUCUCCUUGGACAUCCCAAGUACUACUUCGAUCAAUGGGGUGGCCGACUCAUCAGAAGGGUCUACUAUUAGUGUGGUGCGAUAAAGUUUAUUGGUGUCUCCCAGCUUGUUUAACUUGUAUGUCAACGCGCUCAUCGUAAAGGAACUCGCCAAUAAGCAGGCGAUAACUGCCCCCUCUUCUUAUUGAUUACCAUAGAAAUCUAUGGAGGUGAACAAUUGAACAGCGCAAAUAAAUGGUAAUAGACAUAAACAUUAUAUUGCGUAUGCUUCACUGCGCCGUUAGCGAUAGACCAUAGAAUUAAAAGACCAAUAAUAACAUAUACGGUUUACACUAAAUGUACCGCUUUACAGAUUAUUUAGGGACGUUGCUAAUCACUUAAUCAGUAGUUUUUAGUCAAGCACAAAACAUACGUGUAUUCGCACGAUACUUGUGACUAAACAAAUAUUCUUCAGUUAUUCGUAUUUUGGAGGUCCGACCAUCCAGAUUGGUUGUCAGGUUGACAGGGCCUCUGGUAUUCUUAUUAAUAAGUUAUGUUUUGGUUUGGCUUGGCAAGUAAGGGUGUAUUCGCCCAUAAUUCUACAUAUGGACAGGGCAAGACGGCAGUCUCUUAUUAAUAGGCAUAAUACGUUUAGAUAUGGUAGGUAAUAUAAUUUACAGUACAUAUGGUGCUACUUUACCGCACUAGUGCGAAAAUUAGCAUAUUACGUUACUGUGUCGAACAUUUAAAGGGCCAUAUGUACUGUAAAACGUUGUACGAUACAUGUGCGAAUAGGUAAUUCGCAACUCGUGUCGACUUAAAACACUCCCUUCGGUCGUGUUUUAAUUUAUCGCCACUCUUUUCGAAUUUCCUAUUUUUCGCACUUGUAUCGUAAUGUACUAUUGUGUAUCAUCCCUCUAUGUAGGGUCGACGUUGUCCAACGUGUUUCCUGACAUUGUAAUUCAUAAAUUUGUCCUUGUAAGACUAAUGCUGACAUAACUCUCUGUCUCUGUGGAAGAGAAGUACCUAAGUUUUAAACAAAUUUAACGUUACUCCACAUUUAAAUAACGAUCUGACUAACGGUGACAUAUACAUAUAAUAAAUGCGAACGUACCUCACUUACAGGCCUUAGUCUGAAACUGAACGCGGUCUUUCUAUAGUUAUAAUUAGGAAAAUAUUACCUAGAUGUAUAAACCGUGACAGCGAUGGGGGCUCUAUUUUGUGAAAAGGCUGUUAUUUAAAGCCAUAACCUAUACGAUGGUUAGUCAGAUGUAAAAAUAUUGACGUUAAAGAUCUUAUAAAUAUCUUAUCACCGACUGUAUGUUAUUGAAAUAAAAUAAGAGGUUAAGAUAUUUUUGAGCGUAUUAAAGUUGUAGAAAUAACUUAACAUCUGAAAAGAAAAGUAUUAUUCACGUAAAGGGGCCCACUGACAAACAGUAUCGGCCUGUCAGUUGUUCGGAACAAUAGACAAUAGCAUUAGACCUUUUUGUUCUGACUGAUAGACCGAUACCGUCCGGCGGACUGUUAAUCAGUGGGCCCCUUAAGCAACGUAAGGGUAACAUCAUGUUUCUAAAGGUGCGCCUCACUCUUGGCCUUCUGCACUGAUUUAACCCUUUGAACGCUUUAUAUCAUAAACACAAACAUCACUCAAACGCCAAGCUCCUGGCGGGAAGGGAGCCGAUGUAAACCUUACUCGAAAGUGUGAAGGUUACUUUGACAGGGUCCGCCAUAACAUCUAUAAUUGUCCUUGGUGCUAUGGGCACGACUAGUAAUGACGCCUUUAGGUGUUCUUGGCGUUCAAAAGGUUAAGUAGUUUUUACUUAUUAGUAAACGUCUGCUAAAUCUAACAUGCUGUGGAUAAUCAUGUGGCUGUUUCAGGAUUUCGUCGGUUGACAUUUGUAUUUGUUAGUAAAAGACCAUUUUAUGAUAAGAGCGACUUCACUUUUAUGCCUUGAUCACACGUACUGAGUACAUUGGCGAGAGAGUGCCCUCGGCCGAGUAAAGGCAUACAAACUACACGCGAAUCCAGCACUCGGGCACUCUCUCGCCACGGUCCGUGAGAUCAAGACAUUAUAGUUAUCACUAUUAAAUAUUAUAUGUAGAUGGAAAGUAUAAACAUGCAAUUUUCAUGUACUUGUUGAUUAUUAUAGUUUUAUUUAAUUGAGAUCAACGUAAUAUGUAAUCAUAACGUGAAUGUUAUACAAAAUAUCCGAAUGUCGUAUUCUACAAAUUUAUUACUUUAUGUCAACUUUUUACACUUAUAUAAUAAAUCUGCAAAUAUUCUUAAAUAUUCUUUGGUUUCCAAUAAUUAAGCAAAUUCCUAAUUAUAACGGUUUUAUAACUUAA